GCCUACGCGACAGACAUUAUGCAGCGCAUGCUGGGCGGGCCCAGCUUCAGCCAGUGCGGCAUGCUGCGCACGUGCUGCAAGAUGGUGCCAUCAGCAAACCGCGGUGGCCCAGUGUUUCAGCCAGAAAGCCCUAUUCAGCCCGAUAUCAUGGCCCAGCUGUUCCCAAAGAAAGCUGCCUUCGGAUCGCCGCACAGGAGGCCCGUCCCAAACCUGCCGUUACCAUUUCGCAAGCCAGUUCGACGUCCACCGGUGCCCAUCGACGCCACUUUGCCAUUUCCUGCGCCCUCGGUGGGAAUACUGGGGCCCAUGCUGACCGCCCCAGCAGUCGGAGGCCUCCAUCCCGAUGUGUGGAGCCCGCAAUGCGUUCGGCAUCCACGGCCGUGUCAAGAACCUCCACUACCCGGAGAGCGGUGCAGACUUCGCCGAGUUCCCCUGGCAUGUCGGCAUCAUGAAGAAACUGGCACCACAGGAGAGCCUGUACGUCUGCGGUGGAACACUGAUCGCUAGCCAAUGGGUUGCCACAGCGGCCCACUGCCUUAAGAAG